AUGGCGUCCGAAACUCCCGCCGCGCCCGCGACCGCCGCCGCGCCUGCCGCUCCCGCCCCGGCCGCCGAGCCCACGAGAGUCGAGCAGGUCCCCGACGACUCCCUCGAGGCGAACCCCGUCGCCCUCGCCGAGGACGACGGCUACAGCGACUCGGGCAGCAUCCUCGACUCCACCGUCUCCCUCACCGAGAGCAUCUUCGACUACCGGAAGCUCCACGGCCGCACCUACCAGAAGCCCCAGACCACCGAGUACUGGAUCCCCAACGACGAGCAGCAAAACGUCGGCCUCGACAUCAUCCACCACGUCCUCGAUCUCGGCACCGGCACCGGCAUCUGGGCCGUCGACUUCGCCGACCAGCACCCCGAGUGCGAGAUCGACGACUUCCUCAAGCCCUGGACCUUCCCCGCCGACGAGUUCGACUUCAUCCACCUCCGCUGCCUCUACGGCUGCGUCCCCGACUUCCCCGCCCUCUACCGCCAGGCCUUCGAGCACCUCAAGCCCGGCGGCUGGAUCGAGUGCGUCGAGAUGGACGUCCUCAUCGAGUCCGACCACGUCACCAUCCCCGAGGACCACGUCUUCAACACCUGGGCCAACGUCCUCUACGAGGGCGGCAGGAAGCUCGGUUGCCCCUUUGACGUCUGCAAGGAGCACAACAUGCUCGAGUACGUCAAGAAGGCUGGCUUCGUCGACAUCGUCGAGAAGAAGAUCAAGGUGCCUCUCCACGGCUGGCCCAAGGAUGCCACUCUCCGCGACAUGGGCUACCUCGCCCAGGCCGCCCUCGAUCAGAGCAUGGAGGGCUUUGUCCUCUUCAUGCUCGUCCAGACCCUCGGCUGGACUCACGAGGAGACCAUGGUCCUUAUCGCCAACAUGAGGCGCGAAAUGCGCAAGAAGUCCUACUGCCCCUGGUUCUGGCUAACCGUUGUCUAUGCCCGCAGGCCCGAAUAA